CCACUGGUGAAAUGGCUUUGGAAGAAUUCUUGAAACAAGUGAAAGAAACUUGGACUUCAUACGUCCUAGAACUUGUAAACUACCAAAAUAAAUGUCGCCUUAUUAAAGGAUGGGAUGAACUGUUCACUAAAUGUGGUGAAAAUCUCAAUUCACUAACUGCGAUGAAAAUGUCACCUUAUUACAAAGCUUUUGAAGAAGACGCUUCAUCAUGGGAGGAAAAAUUAAACAGAGUUCAUGUUUUAUUUGAUAUUUGGAUCGAUGUUCAACGUCAAUGGGUGUACUUAGAAGGCAUUUUUACUGGAAGUGCGGACAUUAAACAUUUACUUCCAGUUGAAACCACGCGUUUCCAAUCCAUAAAUACUGAAUUCUUGGCUGUUAUGAAGAAAGUGUACAAAUCCCCAUUUGUUUUAGACGUUCUAAACAUUCCAAAUGUUCAAAAAUCCUUGGAGCGUUUAGCUGAUCUCCUGGCUAAAAUUCAAAAAGCACUUGGUGAAUACCUUGAACGUCAACGUUCAACUUUCCCUCGUUUCUAUUUUGUGGGUGAUGAAGAUUUACUUGAAAUUAUUGGUAAUAGUAAAGACGUCGUUCGCAUUCAAAAGCAUUUCAAGAAAAUGUUUGCCGGUGUGGCCAAUAUCAUUCUUAGUGAAGACUGUGGUGUUAUUCUUGGUAUGUCAUCCCGAGAAGGAGAGGAAGUUCAUUUCAAGAAUCCAAUAACAAUUAAAGAUUAUUCGCGUAUAAAUGAUUGGCUGACUAUGAUAGAAACUCAAAUGCGUAUUUCUCUCGCAGAAUGUUUAAAAGAUGCUGUAAAUGAAUUGAAUACUUUCUAUUUAGCAGACGAAUUAGCUACACCGACAUUUUUAGAGUGGAUAGAAAAAUAUCCAGCGCAAUUAGUUGUAGUUGCUGUACAAAUUAUUUGGACUCAAUCCGUCGAAACAUCUCUUGAACAAUUGGGCGGCAAAGAACAAGAACCAUUAAACGGACCUCUAAAUUAUGUAAUACGUGCAUUAGAUGUUUUAGCAGAUACUGUACUUCAAGAUUUGCCUUCAACGCAACGUAAAAAAUGUGAACAUUUGAUUACUGAGCUUGUGCAUCAACGUGACACUAUCCGUCAAUUGCAACGUGAUAAAAUCUCUUCUCCCAAAGACUUUGCAUGGCUAUAUCACAUGAGAUUCUAUUUCAAUAUCAGCAAUGACGAUCCACUAUCACGUUUAGUUAUUAAAAUGGCAAAUGCACAAUUUUAUUAUGGAUAUGAGUACCUUGGUGUACCUGAUCGUUUAGUCCAAACACCACUCACAGACAGAUGCUAUUGCACUCUUACCCAAGCACUUGAAGCUAGGUUGGGUGGUUCUCCAUUUGUAAAGGCCCUUGGUGUUCAGUUGGGACGAUUUGUACUUGUAUUUUGUUGCGAUGAAAAUUUCGAUUUUCAAGCUAUGGGUCGUAUCUUUGUUGGACUUUGUCAAGUCGGGGCAUGGGGAUGCUUUGACGAAUUUAAUCGUCUUGAAGAGAGAAUUUUAUCUGCUGUUUCUCAACAAGUACAGACUAUUCAGCUUGGUCUUAAGGCUAUUACAGAAGAUCCAACCGCUGAAGUGGAAAUUGUUGGUAAAAACCUAAAAGUUAAUCCUAAUACUGGUAUCUUUAUUACUAUGAACCCGGGAUAUGCUGGUCGUUCCAAUUUACCUGACAACUUAAAGAAACUUUUCCGCAGCAUGGCCAUGACAAAACCAGAUCGCGAAUUAAUCGCACAAGUAAUGUUGUAUUCUCAAGGUUUCCGAACUGCAGAAACUCUUGCCUCAAAGGUUGUCCCGUUAUUCAACCUUUGUGCAGAACAACUUUCUCCGCAAGCACAUUACGAUUUUGGUCUUCGAGCCCUUAAGAGUGUGCUUGUUAGUGCCGGUAAUCUGAAACGUGAACGCCUUCAAGUACUUAGAGAAAGCAAUGCAGACAAAUCAGAAUAUACCAGAAUUUCAGAGUCAACACCUGAGCAAGAGAUUUUGAUACAAAGUAUUCGUGAAACUAUAGUUCCCAAAUUAGUAUCUGAUGAUAUUCCUCUUUUAACUAGUUUGCUUGCCGAUGUUUUCCCUGGCGUUGAAUAUUCACCGGUAGAUCUUGAUAAACUUACGGCAGAGAUUAAAAAUGUUUGUAAUGAGAGGUACCUUCUUGAUGGUGAAAUGUGGUUGGAAAAAGUUCUUCAACUUUAUCAAAUCCAAAAUAUUCAUCAUGGUCUUAUGAUGGUUGGACCUUCUGGUUCUGGUAAAUCAACUGCAUGGAAAGUAUUACUUCAAGCUUUGGAACGCGUUGAAGGUCGAGAAGGUGUUUCCUACGUUAUUGACCCCAAAGCUGUGUCAAAAGAUGCACUUUAUGGUAAUUUAGAUCAAACAACCCGUGAAUGGACGGAUGGUCUGUUCACCCAUAUUCUUCGAAAAAUUAUUGAUAACGUUCGUGGUGAAAAACUCAAAAGACAUUGGAUUAUUUUUGAUGGCGAUGUGGAUCCAGAAUGGGUUGAAAAUUUAAAUUCUGUAUUGGAUGAUAAUCGAUUAUUAACUCUUCCUAAUGGUGAACGUUUAAGUCUUCCGCAUAAUGUCCGCAUUAUGUUUGAAGUAGAAAAUCUAAAAUACGCCACUUUAGCUACCGUCAGUCGUUGUGGUAUGGUGUGGUUCUCAUCGGAAGUAGUCACUCUUGAAAUGAUUUAUUAUAAUUAUUUGGAAAAUCUGAAAUCUGUUCCUUUGGAUGAAAAUGAAGAAGAAGGAUCAUCAACUCAUAAAGUUGAGAGUGCAGAAGAUACUGUCUCACCGCAUCUUAGUACACAACGUAGCAUUGCAAAUAUUCUUGCCAAACAUAUGACUGAAGAAGGAUUAGUCACAAAAACUCUUAUGCAAGCAGAUAAAUUAGAUCAUAUUAUGGACUUUACUUACAUGCGCGCGUUGAAUACGCUAUUCUCAUUAUUAAAUAAAACUGUUCGUAAUGUAAUUGAUUAUAAUACACAACAUCCUGAUUUCCCAAUGUCGGCAGAAAUUUUAGAUAGUUAUGUAACAAAACGGCUAGUUCUUGGCGUUAUUUGGAGUUUCUCUGGGGACGCUAAACUAGACUACCGUGCUGAAUUAGGUGAUUUUGUUCGUGGAAUAGCUACAGUCGACUUACCUCCUCCGCAGCCGGGCUCAACUCUCAUUGAUUAUGAUGUUCAAAUCAACAAUGGUGAUUGGACGUCAUGGACUGGCAAAGUUCCAACCAUUGAAAUUGAAACUCAUACAGUAGCUGAGGCUGAUGUAGUUGUUCCUACAGUUGAUACUGUCCGUCACGAAGAAAUAUUAUAUUCCUGGCUAUCAGAACACAAACCUCUUUUAUUAUGCGGUCCUCCUGGAUCAGGAAAAACCAUGACAUUAUUUAGUGCCCUUAGAAAAUUGCCGGACAUGGAGGUUGUUGGUCUCAACUUUUCCAGCGCUACCACACCUGAAUUAAUUUUAAAAACAUUUGAACAAUAUUGUGAAUAUCGUAAAACUCCAAACGGUGUUAUUUUAUCACCUGUUGCCAUUGGUCGUUGGAUUGUGGUAUUUUGUGACGAGAUCAAUCUUCCUGUAAGUGAUCAAUAUGGCACUCAACGCGUUAUCUCAUUUUUAAGGCAAUUAAUUGAAUGUGGUGGUUAUUGGAGAACGUCUGAUAAAGCAUGGGUUAAAUUGGAGCGAAUCCAAUUUGUUGGUGCUUGUAAUCCUCCUACGGAUCCUGGACGUGUGCCAUUAACUCAUAGAUACCUUCGUCAUGCUCCUUUAGUGAUGGUCGAUUAUCCCGGUGAAAUUUCCCUUAACCAAAUUUACGGAACAUUUGCUCGUGCCAUGUUAAAAGUUAUUCCUUCACUUAAAGGAUACGCUGAACCGCUUACAGCUGCUAUGGUUGAAUUUUAUCUUAUGUCUCAAAAACGUUUUACUCCUGAUAUCCAAGCCCAUUAUAUUUAUUCUCCCAGAGAAUUGACUAGAUGGAUGAGAGGUAUAUUCGAGGCAAUUAAGCCUUUGGAAUCCCUUUCUCUUGAAGGUUUAGUUCGUAUUUGGGCGCAUGAAGCUUUGCGAUUAUUCCAGGACCGUCUUGUUACUGAAGAAGAGAGAAAAUGGACGGAUGAGAACAUUGAUGCUACUGCUUUGAAGCAUUUUCCAAAUUUGAACACUUCUGAGGCUUUACAUCGACCAAUUUUAUUCUCUAAUUGGUUAUCGAAACAUUAUAUCCCUGUUGAACGUGAAGAUUUGCGUGAUUAUGUUAAAGCUCGUCUCAAAGUCUUUUAUGAAGAAGAAUUAGACGUCCCACUAGUUUUAUUCAAUGAUGUCUUGGAUCACGUUCUUCGUAUUGAUCGUGUAUUUAGACAAAUGCAAGGACAUUUACUUUUAAUUGGUGUAAGUGGAUCUGGCAAGACUACUUUGUCUAGAUUUGUUGCUUGGAUGAAUGGAUUAAGUGUUUUCCAAAUUAAAGCGCAUAAUAAGUAUACUGGUGAUGAUUUUGAUGAUGAUUUAAGAACAGUCUUAAGAAGGGCUGGUUGUAAAGGAGAAAAAAUCUGCUUUGUAAUGGAUGAAUCAAACGUGUUAGAUUCAGGUUUCUUGGAACGUAUGAAUACGCUCCUUGCUAACGCUGAAGUUCCUGGGUUAUUCGAAGGUGAUGAAUAUAAUGCGUUAAUGACAAGUUGUAAGGAAGGUGCUCAGAGGGAUGGAUUAAUGUUAGAUUCUCCUGAAGAAUUAUAUAAAUGGUUCACACAACAAGUAAUGAAAAACCUUCAUGUUGUAUUUACAAUGAAUCCUCCAGAAGGUGGUCUCGCUUCUCGUGCGGCAACAUCUCCCGCUCUUUUCAAUCGUUGUGUUUUAGAUUGGUUCGGUGAUUGGUCGGAUCAAGCUUUCUUCCAAGUAGGCAUGGAAUUCACUCAAAACUUGGACUUGGAUCUUCAAACAUAUUCAGCACCUCCAAACUUCCCUAUUGUAUAUAGAUUAUUGUCUUUACCGCCAUCGCAUCGUUCUGCCAUUGUGAAUGCAUUCGUUUUCGUUCAUCAAUCUCUUUACGAGAUUAAUGCAAAAUUGAGCAAACGCCAAGGUCGUUAUAAUUAUGUAACUCCACGCCAUUACUUGGAUUUUAUUAAUCAUUAUGUACGAUUAUUCAAUGAAAAACGUGAAGAUCUUGAGGAGCAACAACGUCAUUUGAAUGUUGGUUUAGAAAAAUUAAAAGAAACUGUUGAUACUGUUGAUAAACUUCGUAGUGAUUUAGCUAUAAAGAAUCAAGAGCUUCAAGAAAAGGAUCGUGAAGCUAAUGAAAAAUUCAAGAAAUUGCUUGAAGAUCAAAAUGAAGCUGAAAAACGUAAAAAGGAUGUAGAAGAAAUUUCAGUCGCCCUCGAGGUUCAAAAUAAAGCAAUCGAAGAACGUCGUGAAGUAGUAGUGAGGGAUUUAGCCAAUGCUGAACCAGCUCUUGAGGACGCAAAAAAGAGUGUAAGAGGUAUUACGAGGCAACAUCUUACUGAAGUACGCUCAAUGAACAACCCUCCAGAGGCAGUGAAAAUGGCAAUGACAUCAGUUUGUCUUUUACUCGGUAGAAGAGGCGAUAGCUGGUCACAAUUGCAGGCUAUCAUCCGAUCUGAUGACUUUAUUAAUAGUAUUGUUCAAUAUGAUACUAACAAAUUGACUAAAACUGUGAGAGAAAAAAUUAAAGUAGAAUAUCUUACCAAACCUAAUUAUAAUUUCGAGACUGUAAACAGAGCUAGUAAGGCAUGUGGACCUUUGGUUAAAUGGGUAAUUGCUCAAGUCGGCUAUUCAGAUAUUUUGGACAGAGUCGGUCCUAUGCGUAGGGAAAUGGAGGAUUUAGAAGCACAACAACAGCAAACUCAACAACAAGCUGAGUGUAUGAAACAAGAGAUCAAAGAUUUAGAAAAGAAAAUAGCUAUAUAUAAGGAUGAAUAUACAGAUUUAAUUAAAGAUAAAGAAGCUAUUAAAGAAGUAAUGAACUCUGUUAAGAAUAAAGUAGAUAGAAGUAUGACUCUUCUUGCUAGUUUAUCAUCUGAAAAGGAAAGAUGGGUAACUGGUAGUCAAGCAUUUGAAACACAGAUGGGAACAAUUGUAGGGGAUGUAUUACUUUCUGCAGCAUUCCUUGCCUAUGGUGGAUAUUUCGAUCAACAGUACCGUGAAACGUUACUUAGAAAGUGGAAGGAACACUUAAAUACCGCCGAGAUUAAAUAUAAGCCCGAACUUUCAUUGACAGAAUAUUUGUCAUCAGCUGAUGAUCGUCUUUCCUGGCAAGCAAAUUCCCUCCCGGCUGAUGAUCUAUGUACUGAAAAUGCUAUUAUGCUUAAGAGAUUCAAUAGAUAUCCGCUCAUUAUUGAUCCAUCUGGCCAGGCUUCUUCAUUUUUAAAGAAUGAAUUUAAAAACAAAAAAAUUACUGUUACUAGUUUCUUAGAUGAUUCAUUUGUUAAGAACUUGGAAAGUGCUCUUCGUUUCGGUAAUCCUUUACUUAUUCAAGACGUUGAACAUCUUGACCCUAUUUUAAAUCCUGUUCUCAACAAAGAAUUGCGCCGUACUGGCGGUCGUGUUCUAAUAAGAUUGGGUGGACAAGAUAUUGACUUCUCACCAUCAUUUACACUUUUCCUAUCAACUCGUGAUCCUUCUGUCAAUUUCCCCCCAGACGUGUGCAGCAGAGUAACAUUUGUUAACUUUACUGUAACACGUAGUAGUUUACAAAGCCAAUGUCUUAAUCAAGUGCUUAAGGUUGAGCGACCUGAUACGGAUCAGAAACGAACAGAUUUAAUCAAACUUCAAGGUGAAUUCAAAUUAAGGUUGAGACAUCUCGAAAAAUCUCUUUUGCAGGCUUUAAAUGAAUCUAAGGGCAAUAUCUUGGAUGAUACUCAUAUAUUGGAUACAUUGGAAAAAUUGAAAAAAGAGGCCGCUGAAAUCACUCGCAAAGUUGAAGAAACUGACACUAUCAUGCAAGAAGUUGAACGAGUUACAGCACAAUAUACACCUUUAGCUCAAGCCUGUAGUUCUGUUUUCUUUGUUAUGGAACAAAUAAACAUUUUACAUCACUUUUAUCAGUUUUCCCUUGAAUACUUUUAUGAAAUAUUCCAGUAUAUCCUUCAUGAAAAUCCAAACCUCAAAAACAUUACAGAACCUGAAGAAAGGUUGAAAAUUAUCACUCGUGAUCUUUUUAAAUUGACUUUCAAACGUGUGUCGCGAGCUUUACUACAUGAAGACUAUGUUACAUUCGCAGUUUUGCUAUCUCAAAUUAAACUUCGUGGAACUCCUGAUCAUGUUGAUGAAAAUGAAUACGAUUACUUAUUAAGUGGCGGUGAUGUCGUACCCGGAUCAAAAGUCACAGCACGCGAACUAGGAUUACCCGAAAAUAUCUUUGAUUCUGAUCAACUUUGUAAAAUAAAAGAAUUCACAAGUCUUAAAUGUUUCUCGGGACUUUGUAGGAAUAUUAGUGAUAAUGUUGAUGAAUGGAUGAAGUUUAUGAAAUAUGAUGAGCCUGAGCAACAUGUGCCUGAAUUUUCGGAUACUCCAUUGCCUCAAACUGUUGUACAAUUACGUAAAAUAUUGAUUAUCAAAUGCUUCCGCCCUGAUAGACUUAUUCCUGCCGUAACUGAAUUCGUAUCUAUCGCGUUUGAGCCAGGUUUCGCCACUCAAACAGAAUUAGAUUUCAAGUCAUUGGUGAUUGACGAAGUUCAACCUACCACUCCUAUUUCCUUAUGUUCAGUUCCUGGAUAUGACGCAAGUUAUCGUGUAGAUAAUCUUGUAAAUGAAAUGAGUGUCAAAUGUACAUCUGUUGCCAUGGGUUCUCAAGAGGGUUUCACUUUGGCCGAUCAAGCUAUUGCAACUGCGGUCAAAAACGGAAAUUGGGUUUUAUUGAAAAAUGUUCAUCUAGCUACAUCAUGGCUAGGUCAACUAGAAAAGAAGUUACAUAGUAUGAAAGCACAUAGAAGCUUUAGACUUUUCCUCACCAUGGAGACAAAUCCCAAGGUACCAGUCAAUUUAUUGCGUCUAUCCCGUGUACUUAUGUUCGAGCCUCUACCAGGUAUUAAGGCAAAUCUUCAAGACUCUCUUAAGAGUAUCCCACAAUCACGUUUCUCAAAAGGUCCAAGAGAACGCGCGCGUCUUUACUUCAUGCUUGCUUGGUUGCAUGCUAUCGUGCAAGAACGUCUUCGUUAUGCUCCUCUUGGCUGGACUAAGAUAUACGAGUUUAAUGAUUCAGAUCAGGACUUUGCAAUUAAUACUAUUGACGCUUGGCUGAAUUCAGUCGCUAAAGACAGAGAAAAUAUUUCCCCAGAUAAGAUUCCUUGGGAAGCACUUCGUACAUUAAUCUGUGUUGCUGGUUAUGGCGGCCGUAUUGAUAAUGAAUUUGACAAGCGUCUUCUCGAGUGCUUCGUAAAUGGUUUAUUCUCACCUGCUGCUUAUGAAUUUGAUUUUCCGCUUGUUGAUUCAGAAGACUCGCAUAAACUGGCCAUUCCUGAUGGCACAAAAAUGGAAGACUUUGUAAACUGGGUUAAUAAUCUUCCAGAACGCGAGCCACCUAUAUGGCUAGGAUUACCAAGCAAUGCAGAAAGAGUUUUAGCUACAAGCAAAGGUUACGCGAUGCUUGUGAAAGUUAGAAAAAUGAAGAAUACGGCUGAUGAUGAUGAAGUUGAAUCGUCUCAAGAGUCAGAUUCUCAAUCAUCAACCCAACCAGCUUGGAUGCGUGCAUUACAUUCGUCUGUCGAGGGAUGGUUAGGCGUGCUCCCCGCAAAGAUUCAAAUGAUGAGCCGUACUUCUGAAAGUAUCAAAAAUCCAUUAUUCAGAUUCUUUGAUCGAGAAAACUCAAUUGGACGUAGUCUUCUCAAGAAAAUUCGGCAAGAUCUUGAGGAUGUCGUUAAAGUUUGUAAGGGUGAACUCAAACAAACAAAUCAUUUGCGUAUUAUACCGGAUCACUGGCGAAAAUAUAAAGUCGCCAAAAAUGUGUCCCUAAAUCACUGGAUUGCGGAUUUCAGGAGUAGACUUCAACAACUUGAAAGCAUUACAAAAUUACAUGACUUUUUAGAUUUACAAGUAUGGAUUGGUGGUCUUUUCAUGCCUGAAGCAUUUAUUACGGCCACACGCCAAGCAGUAGCACAAAAACAUAAAUGGUCAUUAGAACAAUUGGUAUUAGAAAUUUCUCUUAAUAAGAGUGGAGAUCCUGAUUCUUUUGCUUUAACUGGACUCAAGCUUGAAGGUGCCGAAUGGACAGGCAAUCAAUUGAGUCUUUGCGGAGUUCCGACAACGAAAUUAGAAACUUCUCAAAUUAAAUGGGUUUUAAGUUCGCAAGCUACUUCAACCACCGAAACAACUGUAAACCUUCCGGUUUAUCUUAAUGAGGAUCGUUCUGAUUUACUAUUUAUUAUAAAUAUUGAAGCAAAAGCCUCUGAAAAGGUUAAGAUUGCACAACGUGGAGUAGCCAUUGUCCUUUAA